AUGAACAGUAUAGAUAAUGAAGACAAAAACAUUAUCGAAACCGGAUACACGAAUGUAACGGCUUUAAUAUCAAACAAAUAUGAGACGUGCGACGCUUCUAGGUCUAUUGAUGGGAAAAUUCUUUUGGAUGCUUCUUCAAAUAACACUGUGUUGUGCCAGCGAUGUAGCGUAGCUAUUGAUCAGGGACAACCCUGGCUACAGCUUGAUCUUUAUGAAGUAACUGCAGUUGCUUACAUUCGAGUGUAUGGAAGGGAUAAAGGUAGCCAGUUUGACAAUGUUGUUUUAGCAAUACACAACGGGGAAACAAAUAAUCUACAAAGCAAUGGCCUACAAGUUUCUAUUACUAACGCAUUGGUUGGCAGCAACGUUGUUAUCCCAGGGAACAUCAGUGUACUAGGAUUAGACCAACAGCUGAACCCUCCUAGACUUGCACGUUACAUCAACAUUACGACCAUAUCAAGAACACAGGAGUACAUGACCCUUUGUGAAGUGAAAUUAUUUGAAACUGAUUGCGCCAAUGGAACAUAUGGGGAUAAAUGCGCUGGAAACUGUAAACAUUGCAAAGGAGGUUUUGCACAGUGUGACAAUAUUUACGGAACAUGCAACAUGGGAUGUGAAACAGGAUAUGUAGGACUGCUUUGCUUGCAUAGCUGCAACACCAGUUCCUACGGUGAAAAUUGUACAGAAAGAUGCGGGAACUGUUUAAACAGUAGCCGUUGUGAUUUGAAAAAUGGAAGUUGUCCAAUGGGAUGUUCACCGGGUUAUCGUGGAGUCUACUGUAAACAAAGCUGCAACACCAGUUCCUACGGUGAAAACUGUACUAAACGUUGCUGGAACUGUUUAAACGGUAGCCGUUGUGAUUUGAAAAAUGGACGCUGUCCAGGAGGAUGUUCUCCGGGUUAUCACGGAGUCUACUGUAAUCAAACAUGUACAGCCGGUAAAUAUGGACUAGGGUGCCAGAACAGUUGUAGUGAAAAUUGUCGGAACAAUGACACAUGUAAUUUUAUUAAUGGUGUAUGCUCAAACGGCUGUGUAGCGGGUUUCGAUUUCUCUACAGAUAAUACAUGUAGACAAGCAUGUACGACCGGCGAAUAUGGCCUAGGGUGUCAAAACAGCUGCAGUGAAAAUUGUCGGAACAAUGAAACAUGCAACUUUAUUAACGGUGUAUGCGCAAACGGCUGUGUAGCGGGUUUUGACUUCUCUACGGACGAUACUUGUAGAUUAGCAUGCGCUGACGGAUAUUACGGACAGGGUUGCUCCAUCCACUGCGGUUAUUGUUCGAGUGGAGCGAUAUGUGAUAAAGUAUCAGGAGACUGUCCAUCAGGCGGAUGUGAGCCUGGGUACAACGGACUCAAAUGUGAUCAAGCAUGUGCGACCGGCAAAUAUGGCCUAAGGUGUCAAAACAGCUGCAGUGAAAAUUGUCGGAACAAUGAAACAUGCAACUUCAUUAACGGUGUAUGCGCAAACGGCUGUGUAGCGGGUUUUGACUUCUCUACGGACGAUACUUGUAGAUUAGCCUGCGCUGACGGAAAUUACGGAGAGGGUUGCUCCACCCACUGCGGUAAUUGUUCGAGUGGAGCUUUAUGUGAUAAAGUAUCAGGAAACUGUCCAUCAGGCGGAUGUAAGCCUGGGUACAAGGGACUCAAAUGUGAUCAAGAUUGUGAAAACGGUUGGUUCGGAGAAAACUGCAAUAUGACGUGUGGUUUCUGCAAGAAUGGAGCUGUUUGUGACAAAGUGAGUGGAAACUGUACUAAUGGUUGUGACAAGGGACACACGGGACAGCGAUGUAAAAGUGUGAAUUAUAUUCCAACAGAGAGACACGAUCACAAUGUGAAUGAUGGACAAUAA